GGGGCUGGGGCGGGGCGUCUUGGGACUGCUGUGGUUGGCGUGGAGGGAAGGAGCCUUCUGGUUCCCGUCAUGCCCUGGGGCCUUGUGCCCCGGAAGAAGAAGCCGGCGAUCCCGGUUAUCUGGCUGGGUGGUGGAACUGCCGGCGAGGGGCGUAGCCUGUGUCUUCAGGUGAGGGGCCUCUGGAUUCCUCCGGGCUGCGGCAGCGCCUGGGGCUUGUGGGAGUUGCGGCCCAAGAGCCACUGGCUGCCGCGAUGGUGCAUUAGAAGACUGUACUACUACAUGUGUAUGUUGAGCUACUCCUGGGAAAAAAUGAUCUGAAGUAUGUCAGUAGUCCUGGUGAAUUGCCAAAAGUCUUAACAGAGAAGAAAGGAUUUGCCCAAGGCUAAUUUGUGCCUAUGCAUCUGAGAUGGUCCCCUCAGUUGGGCUCUUCCUAUAGGAUGCUGGAGAAUCAAGAACAGGAGGAAUUGAUUACCGUACGGGUCCAGGAUCCCCGAGUACAGAAUGAAGGUUCCUGGAAUUCUUAUGUGGACUACAAGAUAUUCCUUCAUACCAAUAGCAAGGCCUUUACUGCCAAGACAUCUUGUGUGCGUCGCCGCUAUCGGGAGUUUGUUUGGCUGAGAAAGCAGCUCCAGAGAAAUGCUGGCUUAGUACCUGUACCUGAACUCCCUGGAAAGUCCACUUUCUUUGGCAACUCAGAUGAAUUUAUUGAGAAGAGGCGACAGGGUCUUCAGCACUUCCUGGAGAAAGUCCUGCAGAACGUGGUCCUCCUGUCCGACAGCCAGCUACACCUCUUCCUGCAGAGCCAGUUGUCAGUGCCAGAGAUCGAAGCCUGUGUCCAGGGUCGGAGCCCUAUGACUGUAGCUGAUGCCAUUCUCCACUAUGCUAUGUCUAACUGUGGCUGGGUCCAAGAAGAGAGCAUGGGUUCUCCUCAGCUGGCAAUGGGAGACCAGCGUAAGAGUAGCUGUUUUAUCCGAAGAGCUGGUGGGCAGGCCUCCUCCUCACCUCUGCAGAAUGAAGAAAAGGACCACGUGGCAGUGUGGCCUCCCAUGGCUGAUACUGUGGCUCCUCACUUGGAAAGUUCCUCUCUUCCUCUUCCAACCUCAUCUUCAAGCUGGAACUUUGUCCAAUCUGAUGAAAGGACCAGUGCCCCCCAGCCCUGGAAGAGAGUGGAAGACGACCGCUCAGUUCACCCAUCCUAUGACAUGGAUUCAGAAUCUGGCCAGUUGGAAACGGUCUGAGAAGUGAAUGCUUUGGUCUGAGAUCAGAUGUGAAGGGAGCAGGCCAGAGGGGGCCAGCCCAGGUGGGUGGGGUAGGGUGAUCAGCAGUGUCUAGGGUCGUCGACCUCCUGGGCAGCCUCAGCCUCACACGGUGGUGGUGGCAGCUUGCAGCCCUCCUCUCUCACUUAGUUGUCUUCCACCCGGUUCUGGGUAGACAGGAGGCUGACCGUGCUCUGCACAAAUCUGAGAACUUAGGGGCUGUUUUGUCUUACAACUCCCUGCACUUGACUGUCCUGGAGCAGAUUCUUCAAAUUUGCUGACAUGAGUAGAAACACCCUUUUUAAAUACACCAGCUUUGGGGGACCUGGGUGCAGUUGGGGACCUGAAGUAAGAAGGUGUUAGCUUUGGCUUCUGCGUUGUCCCAGUGGCCACUGGAAGCCAGCUGGCAUCCCCUUGCUUGAGAAGUGGACUCAUGAGAAGAUGGUUGCCUGUUUCUGCUCCAGCCCCUGUAGCUGUUUGUUUCGGGAAGUUUGCCUUCUCCCUACCUCCCUGCCCCUGCAGUCUGGUGGGUAGUUCUCUUGCUGUCCCCUUGUUCUUCCCGCUCUUCCUUUGGCUCUGCAGCUGGAGUUUGUGACUGCCUGAGGCUGCUGCCACCCUGUUCGAGGGUGAGUGAAGCAGCAGUUUGGUGGCCCUGUUCGAAAUGGGGGACCUGAUUCUAGCCAGAAGGGGAGCAAACAGCUGCUGCACCCUGAGCUGCUGGGUUGGUUUGGGGGUGGCAGCCUCAGGCUGACUUCCACUCGAGGCUGGAUGCAGAGAAGUUCAACUCUCCCCCCCCCCCCACUUUGUUGCACAUCAUAUUCCCCACACCCCACGAUGUCUUUCUUGCUGCAUAGUCUCUCUCCAUGUUGCAGAAAGACAGCCUGUUCAAUUCACCAGGGCCAGGGAGCUGUGCUUGUUGAUAAGGGCUUUGUUUUCCCCUGUAAGCAAAGGGCUCUAGGGAAGAGGAACAGGAUGCCUUUAGACAAUGAGGCAUUCUGGCCUCCUGCUGCCUCUCCACUGAGAGCUGGGCUGCUGGGGUUUCUACCACUGUCUUUGAUCAUGGCUCAGCCCUUCCCGUGGCUGUGGGUCUGCUUAUUCCUCUCUCCUUCCCCUGCUCUGGUCAUCACACCUUGUCUAUGUACUCUGUUACUACCAGUGGACACUGUGGGACUGUCAUGGCAUUUAGCUCAGAGUGGAGGUGAUCUGGCCUGAAAUAAAAUUCAAGUAUUUAA